AUGGACGGAGUCGGAGCCACACGCUCUCUGUUGGGAGAAGCGAGAUACACUCUCGAUGGCUCGGCCAAGCCUCUUUCAUACUUCUUUACGACUAUUCUACUCAUCAUAUUCGUUUACUCCUUGCAGGGAACAAAGCUUAACACCCCCUCCAUUAACCAAAAGGGAAAAUUCGAACUCACGGACACCCGCCCCAAGAGAAAUUUCCUCUUCAAUGCGAGAAAGUUGUUGAAGCAAUGGUUUGACGCGAAUCCAGAUAAGCCCAUUCGGAUGAUCAGCGACUUGGGCAGUUCAAUUGUGCUGCCUCCCUCGAUGGCGAAUGAAAUCCGCAACCAUAGUGACCUGAGCUUUACUGCAUUCUCCCAAGAGUUCUUCCAAACGAAAUACCCUGGCUUCGGUGCAUUUGCAGAGGGGGGACAUGACAGCAUUACGUUGGUCGUCAUCAAUAAAGACCUUACGAAGCAGCUAGCAAAGGUCACGCAGCCCCUAGCCGAAGAGACCUCUCUAGCCCUCCUCAAUAUUUUCACUGCAAACCAAGAAUGGCACUCUAUCCCCAUGCGCGCAAACCUUCUACACUUCAUCGCCCGUAUUUCUUCUCGCGUCUUUCUCGGCACCGAACUCUGCCGCAACGAAGUUUGGCUCGAAACCACCAAGAACUACACCAUCAGUGGCUUCACCGCUGGCGACCGACUUCGCGAAUACCCUUCAUUUCUCCGGCCUAUUGUUCACUGGUUCCUUCCCGGAUGCCAGGAAGCGCGCAGACACAUCAAGACAGCCACAAAAGUCAUUCAGCCCAUCAUUGACGAGCGAAAGGCUCUCAAGGCAAAGGCGAUCGCCGAGGGCAAGCCAGAGCCUGUAUACCAAGACGCCAUUGAAUGGUUCGAGCAGGCCUCUAAAUCCAAGGGUACUGCGUAUAAUCCUGCUUUGAGUCAGUUGUUCCUAUCAACAGUUGCUAUCCACACCACUACCGAUCUUUUGGGCCAGGUUCUGGUUGAUCUAGCGAAGCACCCCGAGGUCAUCGAGGAACUACGCAAUGAGGUUCGGACCGUGCUCCAAGAGGGUGGUUGGAAGAAAACAUCUCUCUACAACAUGAAGUUGCUUGAUAGUGUCAUUAAAGAAAGCCAGCGCAUCAAGCCCUUACAGCUCGCUAGCAUGCAACGCGUCGCCGUAAAGGACUUUACUCUUUCCGACGGUACCUUCAUCCCCAAGGGAGCAAACAUCGCUGUUUCUUCUCACUCUCUGUGGGAUGCCGCGUUGUACCCGGAGCCGGAAAAGUGGGACGCGUACCGCUUCCUCCGAAUGCGAGAGGAGCCCGGCAAGGAAAACGUGUCGCAGCUAGUGAGCACUCUACCGGAGCACCUCGGCUUCGGCCACGGGAAACAUGCUUGCCCCGGUCGCUUCUUCGCUGCAAACGAGAUCAAGAUCGCUCUCGUGCAUAUCCUCCUCCAGUACGAGUGGAGACUUCCCGCCGGGGCCGAUACCUCGAUCACCGACUACGGCUUCAAUCCGUUGCUGAACAAACACUUGGAAUUGGAAAUUCGGAGGCAGGCUGAUGAAGUUGACAUGAACUUCUGA